AUGAGAAGAGAUUUAAAUAAUUCUUUAAAUUAGUAAACAAUAGAAAACAUACAGCCUGUAGGAACUAUGUAAUAAGCAUUUAAUAUUUCAAAGAUUUAGAUAUGAAUAAGCCUUUGAGUUAUUGAGUUAAGCAUUGCUUUCAAAUUCUAUCUAUGCAAUUGCUGUAUUGAUUUUAAGUUUUGAACUUGCAUACAAUGGAAAUAUGUUAUGUGCGAUCUAUUGUAUUUAUUCAAAAUUAGUCUUAUAAAUUAUACAUCAAAUAUACUUUUAUAGGGCAUUUGCUAAUAUGAAGAUGUAAGAGCACAUUAUUUAUGAUUAUUUUUAAGAAAGUACAAUCAAGCUAUUAUGAGAUUAUUGUCACACUUUUUUGAAGGAUGCUAUAUUUUAACACUAAAUAUGUAUGUUAUCACUCGAACAAGUGAGUUAUUGCUAUUUUCAAACAUAUUCCCUGUGAUAAAUAUUUUUAUUUCAUUAAUAGUCAAGAUUAAUGAGGGAAAUUAGUAUUUUAAAGAUUCAGUGCAAUAAAUCAAUUUGUUUUAUGUAUUUAGAAAUAUUUGUAUUUUGCUAAUAUCUAUAUUUUUCAGUUUAAAAAUAGAGGGAUAUUUUGAUAUUGAAUGGUUAUACACACUAUGGAUGCUGUGGCUGUUAUUUAGUCUCUCAGCAUCAAUUUUUUUGUAUUACAUUUUUGUUGUAUUGGCAUUAUGCAUUCAAGUUAUUUUAGAAUAAAGCAAUCGUUAAAAAUAUUUGGGUUUAUUAUUAUAAAUUAUAAUUAGUGAUAACAAAUGUUUGGAUAUUAAUAUUCAUGCUAUCUUGUUCCUCAAUGUUUCUAAUGAUACCAAUAUUGGUGUUGAAUUACAAUUAUGGAAAUUAUAAUUUAGCCAUUUAAGUGAAUAGAAUAAUCUUAAUUGUUAACUAAAUUAUUUUCACUUACUUUACUGUAAAAUUUAAGCAAGAAUUGAUAUCUGCAUUAUAAAUGUUCUUAUCUCUUAAUGAUUCUGUAAAUCCUCUCCAUACUUUGGCCACUCAAUAAGUGGACGCAUAGCUUCAGCAAUUUAAUAAGCAGGAUUUUAUAGAGAGUUAAGUUUCGGAAGCAUAAAUGUAAAUACCAAAAGUCGUAAAAAGAAUUUCGAAAACUUAUUUUGGAUUCGAUGACCUUAAUUCGGAUAAAAAGAGUGAGACUAAACUUUAAGAAUUAAAUAAAAAACCCACUCAUCAAAGAGCUUUAUCAUCUCAAAUUUAAAAAAACACGGAAUUAAAUAAUGAAAAGAUUAAACUUGCAUCGAUGAUGAAUUUUAAAAUUAUUGAGAACUAACACAUAGAUGAAUUGAAAGGAACUUCCAUUUUACCUGAUAAAUAAGUAGUAUAAUUGAUCCUAAUUUGAUAGUAAGAUUAACCAAGAUCAAUUUCAUUGUCAUCAAUCAACUAGUGUUGUAUUUGCUUUGAUAAUGAACCAGAUGCUUUAUUUAUGUAAUGUGGGCAUGGUGGAGUAUGUUAUCAUUGUGCUUUAGACAUGUGGAAAAAUAAAGAUGAAUGCUACUUAUGCAGAAAGGUAAGAUGAGAAUAUAUAGUAAUUUUAGAAAAUAGAGAGAGUAUUAUAGAUUUAAGUUUGUGAGAAUGAGAAGAAUAUAUAUUAAGUAGUUGGAGCAACAGAAUUAAAUUCAAAAUUGAAAAAAAGACAUAAAAUUAGUUAAUAACAUGAAUAAUGA